AUGUCAGGAUCCUUUUGGAAGUUUGGACAAGACUUCAGCACACAGUCUACCCUAUCCAAGCUACUGAAUAGAGCUUUUAUAAAGAUCGAUGGCGACAUUACUACUGUGGAAGAAGAAGGGAAGACUAAUGUUAGUAUAGUUGAUGAGAACUCGGAAAGGAGUUCUUUUAGGUCGGAGGAUGAAGGGGACGAAGAAUGUGAGUUGCCUAACACGGAAGAAGAAUACAAAGCUUAUAAACCAAAUCUGUACUUAUUGGACGAUCUCUUAGAUGAUGAAGAGCUAUACACGGAACUAAUGUGCUCGAACUUCAAAUUGCUAAUAUUUCUGAAAUACCCUGAAGUCCUAUCCAAAUUGAUUGAUUAUGUUAGAAAUAAUACCAUACUGGAUCCCAGUAUCGAUAGAGUUAUUUCUGAAGACACCAAGUUGGUAUAUGAAAAAGACGUGGACACUAUGGAUAGUCCUGACGAUGAAACAGAAGAUUCAGAAGGCGGACGAGGCAUCUCCAAAAAGGAACAGCGAGGUGACGACGACAGAGAAGAGGAAAAAGAGAUUGAAGAUGACGACAAUGCGUCUGAAGACACGAGAGUAACACUACCUCCUGAAACAGAAGAACACGAUGACAUCCGAAGGGCCAGGAUAGCAGCUGAAAUAUUAUCUGCUGACGUAUGGCCUAUAUCGUCUGCUUUGAUCGAAAAUGAAGAACUCCUGACCAAACUCUGGUCGAUUCUUGCCCACUCUACUCCAUUAUCGAUAGAGGCAUCAACAUACUUCAUGAAAAUAAAUGAGCGUCUUUUGGAUAUGGAUAUGGACGGAGUCAUCGAAUUCAUUUUAAGAAAAGAACACAUUGUUGACGAUUUCUUGAAACAUAUUGAUAAUCCGCCUUUAAUGGACUUUUUAUUGAAAGUGAUAUCAACCGAUAAACCAGAAAUAUCAAAUGGAGUUAUUCAGUUAUUCAGAAAACAAAAUUUAGUCUCUAAAUUGGUCCAUUUGCUCGAUCCUGUGUUUGAUUCUUCCACUCAAUCUGCAGCAGGCGACUUCUUGAAGGCACUAGUCACCAUUAGUGGUAACUGCCCUAAUGAAAUUGCGUCGAGUAUUGGGCCCAAUGAGUUAACGAGACAAUUGGUUUCCCCUACUAUGAUGAAACAACUUAUGGACAUAAUGCUUAAGGGAGGCACUUCACUAAACAAUGGUGUUGGGAUUAUUAUCGAACUAAUAAGAAAGAACAACUCCGAUUAUGAUGUUAUUCAGGCGAAUUAUACCACUAUCAAAUCUCAUCCUCCAACAGAUAGAGACCCGAUUUACCUAGGGUAUUUAGUCAAAUUAUUUUCAGAACGAAUGCCCGAUUUCAACAAGAUACUAACUGAAAAGAAAAUCACCCCCUUACAGACCUCCUAUGGAACAAUUGAACCCUUGGGGUUCGAAAGAUUCAAAAUAUGCGAACUCAUUGCUGAACUAUUGCACUGCUCAAACAUGACUUUAUUGAAUGAACCGAAUGGUUACAGUAUUGUUAAAGAACGCGAUAUUGAGAGAGAUAGGAUUUUCAUUUUAGAAAAUCAGCUUCACUUCAAUGAUUGCGAUGAAUCAAAAGAAGAUGAGGUUGAGAACGAAGGUGACGCUAAUGAAGAGGAUGACGAUAUGAACCAAAUCGAAUCUGCUGGCACAUCAAUAGAUGGGGAAGAAGUUAUUGAUAAAUUGAAUUCUUUACAAAUAGAGACCAAUAAAGUAAACCUGACAAUAAGUAAUGAAGAGAAGGAUGAUGUGGCGCCAGACUUUAACAGUGGAAGUCUACAAGAUGAAGAAAAUGAAAAUCCAUUUGAACCACAGUACUCGGAUGUCAUUCUAGAUUCCUCUGAUAUGGAAAAGGAAUUCCGCAUUUCUCCAAACAUUGGUGAUCAAAUGAAGAUUGCCCUACAGGAUACGAGAGUAAUAGAUACUAUGCUUGAGAUGUUUUUCCAUUUCCGGUGGAACAACUUUCUCCAUAACGUAGUCUAUGAUGUCAUUCAACAAAUUUUCAAUGGCCCGCUGAAGAUAGGUUAUAAUAGAUUCCUUUUAAGCGAUCUCCUGACCAACAUUCGCUUAACUGAUAUGAUUAUCAACGGAAACAACGAGUGUGUGAAAUAUGAGGAAGCGCAUAAUUCAAGACUCGGAUAUAUGGGCCACCUUACCUUAAUUGCAGAAGAGGUUACUAAAUUCUCUGCAUACAUUGAAGAAAUGAAUAUUAGCUUUGACAACAAAGAAGUAAUGGGCUCUUUAUUCGAAGAACAAUGGAUCAAAUACACCGAGAAUGUGUUAGAAGACUUGAAGGAAAAAUACAAUGCCAUAUUAGGUGAUGUUGCUGAAGAAGGAGACAUAUUGGAUGAUGAAGAGGAAGAGGUUGUUUACAAUAAGGGGAUGCAUCCUGGCAGCACUGUAGAUGAUUAUAUUAAUGAUAUGAUGCAAAUGGAUAAUGAACAUAACCAAGAAGAAGGGAAUGAUGACGGAGAAGAGUAUGAUAGCUAUGAUGAAGAUGAACCUCGGGAAUACCAUGACGAUAAACCUAGUAAGAGAAAAGCGUCCGAUCCAUCAAAUGAUGAGCGUGACCAAACGGAACUAUUUUACGAAUACGUCAACGAGGAUGGUACAAAAACAAGGCUGAAAUUCAACCCACGUCCUGAUUCUACCGAACACAAUUUAGAGGAGCUGGAUAAUAACAGCGAAAUACCGUUAAAACUCAAACGAAGUUUCACAGAUGCAUACAAAGCUGAAAUAGUGGCACAGGACAUCGGUGGUCACACUGAAGAGGAGGACGGAUUUCAACUGGAUGCGGAUUUGAACGACGACUGGGAGUCAUCAUCUUCGAAUUCGUUGCCCAAGAGAGCUUCUCCUUCCAAAAUCGAUAUAAGCUCGCCCGUUUAUCAACAUCAGUUCGAACUUCAUAGCCCCACCGAUAACAGUGGCGAUUACAAGGGUGUAAUUUCAAGCGCGAAUGGCCAUAACUUCGACAUAGAUGAAGAAUAUGACGAAUUAAGCGAUGAUAGCGAUGAUAGCGAUGAAGAAUAUGAUAAUUGUGAAGAUGAAGAAGAUUUAGAUGAUGCGACUUCCGGCGCAUAUGCAUUAUGUAGAUCCAAAAGUAAAGACAAGAUAUCAUGGGAUGAAGAGGAGCAGGCGCGACUAAUGGGCGUUGUAAAAUUUAAUUCAGAGCAUUACAGGGACUAG